AUGUUUGAUGAUACCGUUAAGCCUAUUUGUCAGCUGGAACAGCAAGGCUGGAGGAAGUCAUGGCACGAGGAACACAAAGUCCCUUACGUCUAUGACAACAACCUGUGGAUCGCUUACGAUGAUGAGAAGAGUCUGGAGGUCAAGGUGAACUACAUCAAGGACAACAAUCUGUUGGGGUUCAUGGCCUGGGAGAUGUCGUACGACGACUUCAGCGGAGAGUUCUGUGGACAAGGACAAUACCCCUUGUUAAACAGCUUGAAGAGAGCCAUUGAAGCUCCCAGAGAUACUUUUAAACCCGAGAAGAAUGAUGGCGAAGUUCCCGAGUUUGACAAAGACGACGAUGACUGCAAGAACUGCAGUUCGAAUCCCGACAAACCGACGACACGAGCCGAGCCUUGUACGACGUGUUUCCACGACGACGACGACGGCAUCCGGGUUCCGAAACCUAGACGCGACGACACGACGACCACGCGGCGCUCUCCUAGAACGACGGCGAUAGAUACCGCCAUUGAAUGGUGGUCUCUUGGCUUGCAAGAUGUGUCAAUGUAUACGUAUUGCGAUGAGAAGUCAAAAUGUUGA